CCACUCCCCAUCCCAUCAAACGUCCUCCCCCUUUGGGCUGCCCGCUGUGUGCACCCUCCGCUAUCCCCUCUCCCCUUCUCCCUCGCUCACUCAGAUUUCUCGCUUCUCGGAAGUGGCAACGGACUAGCGCCUGCCCAUCUCCCCACCAUCACCCCCCCAAUGGCGGGCACUCUUUCCCUCCGCGUCCCCGUGGCGGCGGCAGCCGUGCCGGCCGCCGGCCUGUCUCAGCCCGUCGCGCACUCCCUAAGCCGCGCCGCGCUCGUGCCGCUGCGCGCACGGCAAGCCUCCUCGCUCGCCGCGCCACAGCAGGCCAGGCGCGGUGCCGCAGUGGCGCCGCGCAACGUGGCGAUGGCAGAUUCGCUGACGGGGGUGGAGGAGGAGGGGUCGGCGCGGCCCUCGUACCCGGCGGGCGUGCACCGGUACGAGGCGAUGGUGGUGCUGCGCCCCGACCUCACUGACGACGAACGCGUCGCACUCACCGAGCGAUACGAAGAGUUCCUCGUGGCGGGCGGCGCUCUGGAUGUGGAAAUCUUCAACCGCGGCAUGCAGCCGUUGGCAUAUAGCAUAAAGACAAAGAACAUGGGCGGCGUGAUGAGCCGCUACCUGGACGGCAUCUUCUUCCUCUUCAUCUUCGCCGCCCGCUCAGACGCGCAGGUCAAUCUGCAGCGGCGCCUCAACCGCGACGAUGACGUCAUCCGCUCCAACACCUUCCGCGUCAAGGCGUGACGCGCCCAACCCGCCGCAGGAGCUCUCAAUUUCCACGCAGGAUUCGCUUAUGUGCCAUGCCACUGCCUCUCCUCACUUGCUGCCUCUGGCCUGGGAAUAGUGUCAUGACCGUCUUGCGGUACCCGAGACAACUGUAGUGCCCACUAAGCAUUGUGUUUGCCAGAGCUGAAGUGAUUGUACCUCCAGCAGUCUCUGAAAUGUUUUUUUGAUGAGAAAACGUAGCCUUGCAUUGCAACAAUGGUGUGUCUGCCAGAACCCCCUUUGCGAGGACUCUGUUCAAGUGAAAGAAUGUCUAGAACAAGGCAUACAAGGG